UCCCUGCUAACAGUAAGGCCGGUUCUGGCAAGCCCUGGUGUGGCUUGGUCAAUAGGCCACAAGCAUAGCCAGUUUUACCAAGCAUGCUCACAGGCAAGCCAGGAUGCAUACUUUAGAGACUACCUGGCAAGCCAACCUCCUGCUGGUGAUAUCCCACCAAUUAGGAGGUACCGCAUAUGCACAUCAUCAAGGCAGGAUGUUUCUAAUUUGGGGAAGCUUCCCGGAAUGUGAUGCGGAUGUAAAUCUCAGUGGAAGUGAUGCUGUAUGCCGUUAGUUGGAAACAUGCAUGAGUGAUGGACCGGUAAAAAUACGUGGGUACCUUGGCCUUGGCUGCUGUUGGCAGUCUGGGAUGCUCAGAAGGGCUGCAUGGAGCAUGACCUCCACUCAUGGGCUAUCUGUCCUCCUGUCCCCCAUUUCUGCACCCCAAGAUUCUCCCCGGAGGCCGUGGAAAGACUUUCAGAUGCCUGGAAUCACCAACUACACAGUGAUGAUGCUGAGCCCAGACGGCAGGGUCCUGUACGUUGGUGCCCGUGAGACGCUCCUGGCCCUCGACACAAGCGCCUUCUCUCCUGGGCCGCAGCACCAGCAGCUGACCUGGGAUGCUGGGGAAGAAAAGAAGCAGCAGUGUGUCUUCAAGGGCAAGGACCCUCAGAGAGACUGCCACAACUACAUCAAGGUCCUGCUGCAACUGAACGACACCCACCUGUACACUUGUGGGACCAGCGCUUUCAGCCCUGCCUGCACCUACAUUAGCCUGCCCGACUUCCAGCUGAAGCGGGACCCCUCUGGGCAGCUCCUGUUGGAGGACGGGAAGGGGCGCUGCCCCUUUGACCCAGAGUAUAGAUCCACAGCCAUCCUGGUUGAUGGCGAACUGUAUACGGGGACCGUCAGCAAGUUUCAGGGCAACGAGCCCACCAUCUUCCGUAGCCUUGGCAGCCGCCCACCCAUCAAGACGGAAAGCUCCCUCAACUGGCUGCAAGAGCCGUUCUUUGUGGGCUCAGCCUUCCUGCGCGAGAGUGGCACCCAGGAGGAUGAGGAUGGCAAGAUCUACUUCUUCUUCAGUGAAACCGGCAAGGAAUUUGACUUCUUUGAAGACACCGUUGUGUCCCGCGUUGCACGUGUGUGCAAGGGUGACUUGGGCGGAGAGCGGGUCCUCCAGCGCCGAUGGACCACCUUCCUGAAGGCUCAGCUGCUGUGUUCACACCCAGAGGACCGCUUCCCCUUCAAUGUGCUUCAGGACAUGUUUGUGUUGACGUCAGGCGAGCGCUGGCCAGAGACGGUCUUCUAUGGGGUCUUUACCUCUCAGUGGGAUAGGAAAGGUCCCGGGACUGCGGCGGUUUGUGCCUUCUCCAUCUCAGACAUGGAGGAAGCCUUCGGUGGGCCCUACAGAGAGGUCAACCGGGAGACGCAGCAGUGGUACACAGACAUCCAUCCUGUGCCAGAACCCCGCCCGGGAGCAUGCAUCAACCGCCACGCACGCCAGAUGAAGAUUGCCUCUUCGCUCCAGCUGCCAGACCGGGUGCUCAACUACCUCAAGGACCACUUCCUGAUGAGCAGCGCCGUGCGGAGCCAGGCCCUCCUCGUGCAGGACCGCUCCCGAUACCGGCAGCUCAGCGUGCAGCGUGUCCAGAGUCUGAGGCAGGCCUACGAUGUCUUGUUCCUGGGCACAGACGAUGGCCGCCUGCACAAGGCUGUGAUCGCGGGACAAGGAGUCAGGAUCAUCGAGGAAAUCCAGCUCUUCCCCGCUGCGCAGCCUGUCCUGGAGCUGCUGCUGGAUCCUGCCCAGGGUCUGGUUUACGCUGCCUCCUAUGACGCCCUGGCACAGGUCCCUGUUGCGAACUGCAGCCUGUAUCGGAGCUGCGGAGAAUGUGUCCUGGCCGGAGACCCUUACUGUGCCUGGAGCGGAGCGGCCUGUCAGCUGUUCGCCCCGAGCCCUCCGCAGGGCCAGCUGGCGACCUGGGUCCAGGACAUUGAGGGGGCCGAGACCAGCCAGCUUUGCCAGGCCAGCGGUGGGGAACUCAGCCAUUCAGCAGCGGAGCAAUCCCAGUGUCAGCAGGUGGUGCUGCAGCCCAAUGCUGUGAAGUCCUUGCCCUGCCCGCUGCUGUCCAACCUGGCCUCCUGGCACUGGGUGCACAAUGGGGCUGCCCUCAGCCCCUCCUUCCUGGUGCUACCCAAAGGAGAACUGCUGCUGGUGGGGAGCCUGGGUGAAGCUGGGCGCUAUGAGUGCUGGUCUCAGGAGGGCAGCUUCCAACAGUUGAUGGCUAACUACUGUGUAAACCUGGAGCCGAGCCUCCAGGCCAAACUGGUGCCCAUCCAAGACCCUCUGAAGACUCUUGGCACAUCCAGGAGCAUCUCAGGAGAGGGCAUCUCAGUGCGACUGGAGGGCAGGACCUACUGGACAGAGUUCCUUGUGAUGUGCAUGCUCUUUGGCAUUGCCAUGACACUGCUGAUCCUUUUCAUGCUGCACAAGCACCAUGUCAGCCUGAAGGUCUUCCUCAAGCAAGGCCAAUGCAGCUGUUCCCAUCCCAGGACCUCACUGAAUGGGGAGACUCUGCCAGCUGAGAAUAUGCCCCCCCUCAGUGGCCUGGACAUGCCUGCUCCUCUGCCAGACCACAAGGGCUACCAGGCACUGUGUGCAAAUCUCAUGGUGAGCACUCCUGGGCAUGGUCCCUCAGCCUGCCCACGCAUGGCUUUUUUGGAGUCCGAUCAGCGACCACUUAAUGUAUCCAAGAGCUUUGUGGAAGUGUUGGCUCCUUCCCAGCGCCCUCGUGUUCGCCUUGGCUCUGAGAUCCAGGACUCAGUUGUGUGAUCUUUCCCAAGAGGCACCACUCUGAACUGCCAAAGGAGCAGGGCAUAGUCUUCCAGUGCCACUGUAUGUUGGCAUAGGAACAGGCAGGAAGGGUGGGCCCCACUCGGCUGAGUAAUAGGGCCAGGCACUCUAGCCCUGCAGCAGGGUUCCUGCGUAGCAGGUCACAUAGUAAUGCCAUUUAGCUUUGAGAAGAGGGGUAGCCUCCAGAUGCGCAAACCAUGUGCAGCCCCAGGGUCUAGGCUGCACUUCCAGGCUCGUGGGCCCAGUCCUCACAAGCACCACCAGGAUGGAGCAAAAUGGGAACACCAGCCUGUGGGGCUUCUUCAAAGUCCACAGGCCCAUAGCUCCUGUUUCUUUGGCCUGUUUGGUGGGACCAUUUCUGGGAGGUCAACGUGUGUGGUACAAAGGGCCCUCCUAGGCGUCACUGUGAAAGGAGACACUCUGGCUGAGCAUCCUCUCUCAGCGGAGGGAAGGGUGGGAGAUACGUUGGUCCGGCCUCUCACCAACUGUGUACUGGGGAGAAAAACGGUCAAACAUUUAGCGCUAGAAACUCCGUUAUGCGAUGUGUAUGUCUGUAAAAGCAGAGAUCGGGGGCUGGGGAAGGGGAUUGCAUGAUAGCCGAUGUUCACUGAAGAGCGGAAAGGAUCGGGAGCGUCCUUCGGUGCUUCCCACCGGACGGCUGCGCUGAACGGUCUCCGCUUGGGGCCAGGCUCUUCCCUGGCCAUACAGGUAGAGUCACAGGAGCCCCAGCUUGCACUCUGUACUUGUGUAAAAUGGUGUGUUUUACCACAAAAGUUUGUCUCCUGAGAUUUGGACGGACUCAAACCAUCACAGCGGAGGCCCGACUUACAGAUCCUUCUCCGUGUCUGAACUUCUAUUAUCCUGCCAGUUCCACGCAGCUAGUCUUGGUAUUUUGCCACAAGGGAGGUGUAAUAGCCCGCAACUCUCGGGCCGCAUUUGAGGAAGCCAUCGAGUGAGCCACUUGCUGCGCUGCCCCUUCUACACUAGCUGGUGCUUUGAGCUAGCCGGCCCCUUGUUACCAAGUGUUUGGGCUGGCCUGAAGAGGGGGAAGUGUGUUUAUCAGCAGACCAGACCGCAGGUACCUCCACUAAAUUCCAUUUGGUUGCGAUUGCCACGAGAGUUCACGGGGCUCGAAUUUGGCUAUGGGGUCCUUUUUUUGUGAGUCCACUGAUGACCUGAUUGCUAUACAUGGUCUGUGACCAUAAAUAGAUAAAUAAUCUCCCCUGGCCUGUUUGGCCAACCAGCACAGCAGCAUCCUAGGAAAGUUCCCUCCACCCCGCUCAGCCAGGGCUCCCCUCCCACCCAAGGUGCUAAGCCCUGGAAGACCCAAGAGGGCCCG